GUAUGAAACUGCCAAGGCUGAGCUGAUUGUAUAAAAGUCAGUGUCAGUGUGGACGGAAGGUUGUUACUCGUUUUCCAAGUGUGCGGGAUCUGAAGUACUGGUAUACGAUACAGGAAUGUUUUUCGGGAAGUGCAGGCCCCGAGGGGCAAAGCCAAAAAUGGUGUGCGUUUACUUGGUAUUUUGUGCGGUGAUAUUUUUACUUCAUCUUUACGAGAGCCUCGCUGGUAAACACACGGGGACAGUGAAGCUAGGAUCGAAGAAUAAUAAGAUGGAGCGCCACAAAACGAAUGACCCCUGCUCAAAAUGGUAUUGGAGCUCAGAUGAGAAAUCCCCAGAAGCCCGAGGGGUAAAGUGCAUGAAAGCCUGCGAACAAAUAGCAAAUGAAUGGAAUCGAAUCGAAACCUUGAGAAACGAAUAUUUAGAAGGAAUACCGGAAUUUGUUGGCGCAAUAGGGUCCCACCCCGAAUCCUGUAGGGAAUUGACACAUGGUGCUUGCUCAGACACGAAGCCGAAGUGCUUCUGCAAGAAGAUGAAGGAACGCUCCGAGCACCAGAGCCCAGAGGAACGCACGCCCCCGCCCCGCCGACUCAAAUAUUGCAGGAAAUCUGCUAAAUUGUAUGGAAAAGUACUGCAGCAAGACGGUAUUCAUAUUGAUGACCCUAGUAAAAUUCCUACGUAACUUAUCAACACGCAUUACAAACGGCAACAUUCCAAAAGCGCAAACUCCAAGAGCGCAAAUUUUGAUUUUGCGCUGUUGGGAUAGUGAAAACAAGGAGUAACGACAAGGUGUAAGCACGUAUAGAUCAACGGACGCUCAGAUCAUCAUCGUCAGGAAGCACCGUUUGCGCAAACGGGCACACCGAAAACUGGGGACAAGGAGGUAUUAGAAAUCCGAUUUUAUUAUCAUUUUAUUGGAUUCUGAAUCCAGUGCGCACUCUGCUUUUAAGAGAGUUUUCUCUUACGGGCAGGUUACUGACAAUUCAUUUGCACAUCAUAUUCCUAUGAGAACUCCAUUAGUUCCAGAUUAUUUUAUUUAUGGUCCUAAUUGAAAUCGUUAGAAGAUUAAUUCGAUCUUAAUCGCUAUAUCAAUUAUAAUUUCUGAUCAUUUAUCAAUUAAACAUGUUAAACAAGUUUAAUUGAUACAUGAUCAGAAAUUAUAAUUGAUAUAGCGAUUAAGAUCGAAUUAAUCUUCUAACGAUUUCAAUUAGGACCAUAAAUAAAAUAAUCUGGAACUAAUGGAGUUCUCAUAGGAAUUUGAUGUGCAAAUGAAUUUUCAGUAACCUGCCCGUAAGAGAAAACUCUUAAAAGCAGAGUGCGCACUGGAUUCAGAAUCCAAUAAAAUGAUAAUAAAAUCGGAUUUCUAAUACCUCCUAGUCCCCAGUUUUCGGUGUGCCCGUUUGCGCAAACGGUGCUUCCUGACGAUGAUGAUCUGAGCGUCCGUUGAUCUAUACGUGCUUACAGGCUGCUUUAUGUUGCUGUUUAUUUCUGUUUAUUAUUAUUGCUGUUUUAUCAUAACUUAUAAUAUACUUUGUCAAAAACCCUAUUAUUACACAUAUAUAUUUCACGUCAUA